AUGGAACCCUCAACAAACUCAUCUCUCUACGUUGCAACUGCUUCUUUUUCUGCUCGUAGAGGCCCAAGAGCGGAUACUGUUGCCGCUGUAAGUAAUGUCACCAAAACUGGUAAUGACCCUGAACAAUGUGCCUUAAUUCGUCAGUAUUAUCAAGACUGCAUUACUGAAAAGGGCCUUCACGGCUGGGAUUUCACAACCACUGUGAUGAAGGGGAUUAAUCUCCCUAUUUUUCAGUACAUCCUUGAGCGGUUUAGACUGAAGGAGGCAGAAGCCUUUAAUCCUGCUCGUCCUCUUCACAAGAUGACCUUGACGAAAACAAAACUUGUCAAGACGAGAAUCAGAAGAAACUUCGAGGGGUUGAAGUUUGCGGACCGCAAGAGACGCACUCACAGUGUAGAAGAACUUGGAGAGCUUGCACGUAAGAAGAAUCAAGCUGCAAGACUGACUGCCAAAUUCAAAAGAAGAAAGGACAACUUUUUGAAGUAUGAGGCAGACAUUGUUCAAAAGUUUCAUCCCAAAGAAAGUCAAGCCCUUUCUUACACCAGCCUUCGUCCCAGUUGGAGAUCCGAUCAGCUGAACGAAAUGUUUGAUGAGUUGGAUUCUCCUUCUGGGCAGAGAAAUGUUGGAAGACCAUUACCUCGUAGAAUCAGACAGGUACCAUCAUUGUCUGUUCCUUUUGAACAAAUUGGCCGCUUGCCAAGUUGGGGCGUCCGAGAUGGCAUUUGA